AUUCAACAGCAUCACCUUCCUCACAAUAACACACACUACAGCCUACAAACACACAAUUCUGGAACAAUCAUUUUGUAACUUGCAUGGCUAAUUCCUGUAAUUCUGCCACAUACAUGGAAUCACAAUGUGUAAUUCAACCUCGCAGACUCAAAGACUUUCUACAAGACCAAAACCUACCAUUCCCUCGUUCUCGCUCUUGCUCUCGCAAAUCCACAAUCUCCGUCUUCUUCCACGCCGCCGUCUCCUCCGUGAAAUCCUCCUCCAUUUUACGCCGUAGCAUCUCCCGCCGUUUCUCCAAGUCUACACGGAUCAACAGAAACAAAUCAUCAUCAGGUCUACCGGAGCCCACGAUGGCGAGAACGACGUCUGUGACUGUCAAGGAUAUAUUACGGUGGAGAUCGUUUCGUGAUUUGGCGGAUCCGGAGGAGAAUAAUGUUCCUCUGCCAUCGGAAGUUAUUGUGGAGUCCGAUUCUCCUUCUCGAUGUACAACUACAACCGCUACCACAACUUCCGCUGGAACGCCGAGGAGUAGCUGGUGUGAUAGUGAUUUUACUGUCGGUGAUUCACCGGUAUGGUGCCGUGGAUUUUCCGGUGAUAUUGAGAAGAAUUUCCACAUUAAUGUAGCUGGCGGCGAAAGGCUCCGUCAGAACUCCAGAGAUCCAAAGAAUCAAAUCGUACAUGAAGAAGAAGAAGAGGAGGAGGAGGAGGAGGAACAAUUUAGCCCAAUUUCAGUCCUUGAUUUUUCACAAGAACAUGAAGAAACCUUCUCUUCGUUUCAUCAAGUCCUUGCAAACGUGGAAAGACGAAACAUGAUGCUUAAGCAACGUAUUCAAGACUUCGAGAAUCUGAUUGAGGUGGAGGAUCGUUGUUUAGUGAACAGAAAUAUCGAAUUAGAUGAUGUUGAAUCAUUUAGAGUAGAAGAAAAGGCAAUCCAAUUAAUGGAUCAUGUCAAAACAACAAGCUCGAUUGAAGAGUGUGAUGAGAGUGUGGAUGAUUUGUUACUAGAUUUCUUUAGGGAUGAAUUGAUCACGAAUAAGGGAGUGAAAAACAAUAGUGAAUUUGAGUCUAAAGUUAUAAGGAUGGCAAAAUGUUGGGUGAGAGGUGAAGAUGACGGAUCUUUGGAAUGGGAAAUGGAGGGUAGGAGAGAAGUGUGCAUUCAAGAAAUGGACAAAAGAGGGGAAUGGAAAGAUUUUGAAGAGGAACAAAAGGAAAUUGGCAUCGAGAUUGCAAAAUUCUUGUUUGAUAAUCUCUUAAACGAGUUAUCAAUGGAUGUUCUUAAUGUUUAGAACGCAUUAAUUAAGAAAGAUGAUAGUCAGAGUAUUAGGUCGCUCCCUUGACGUUGUAUUGGAGGAUCAGUAUAAAGAUUUGUAUCAACAACAACAUCGAUGAGAAGACAUGUCAUAUGAUCUUUAGAUAGGUUGGGAUUAAUUAGCGAAUAUACAGCUAGU